CUCCCUCCCUCCUCCACUCAGUUGUCUGAACUCUACAGUUCGUCUCCGUCCCUGGGUCGCUACUUCUCCAGUGUUGAAAUCUCUGACUUCAGAAACGGCUCUGUGCAAGUUGACUACCGGCUGAGGUUCCUGAUGCCCCUGAAUGACACUGAGUUGGAGCAGUUCACUCUGAGCAGAGAGAUGGUGUAUAAUGUCUUCAGACAGUCUCUCUAUGACCAAGACCCUGAGCUCAACCACCCGCUGUAUAUACACCCAGCAUCACUGGACAUGCAGGUUGACUCAGUGACUAGUGAGAGCAGAAGUGGCGUGCUGUAUUGGUGACGACUACGCAAUACUCUGGGGGCAAAGAGAUUUGAGCAGAUCAAGAGACCCAUCUGAUUGAGUGGAAUAUCUGACGGAUGAUUACGUAGAACCCAUGGACCAACCCACACACACACACACAAUGAAACCCUGUGAAACUGGAUCGCUACUGCUGUGUCAGUGGCAUGUACAACCUGACAGACUGUAUGACAAAUAGACAUUGAUGAGACUUUUCUGCAUAUUCCAAUCAUUCCAUCUAUCUCAAGUAGCCAAGAGAAGGGAAAGGCCUAAGUGUACUUUUGGAAUGAGGAUAAUGGGGUGUUGACAUUAAGUGUUUGUCUGACGGUGUAUUAUUGUUUUUGCAUGUUAAGUGUCAAAGUGGAUUAACAAUGUCUGUGGCCAAGACAGAUGUUUUUAUCCAAGAUGUUUUUAUCCAAGAUGUUUUUAUCCAAGAUGUUUUUAUCCCAGAUGUUUUUAUCCAAGAUGUUUUUAUCCAAGAUGUUUUUAUCCCAGAUGUUUUUAUCCCAGAUGUUUUUAUCCAAGAUGUUUUUAUCCAAGAUGUUUUUAUCCAAGAUGUUUUUAUCCCAGAUGUUUUUAUCCAAGAUGUUUUUAUCCAAGAUGUUUUUAUCCAAGAUGUUUUUAUCCAAGAUCGUUUUUAUCCAAGAUCGUUUUUAUCCAAGAUCUUUUUACGGGUUGUAAAUAUGACUUCCUGAUACCUACUCUAUAGUCUAUAUAUCAUGUCUGAGAGGACUAACUAUUCCAAUUUGAGGCAUUGCUUCAAUCUCUAUAUUCUUUCACAUUUUACAUAUUACAUGAAUUGAUUGGAAACUGUAUUUUGUGAAAUAAAUGUUUUGUUUUUUAUUGUA